UGACACGCCUUCUGUGUGAGGUGUGUCUGUACCUGUGGGAGGAGGCGGGACUUCACACUUGUCUCCAAACCGAAGCCCGACCUGUUUUCAGAGGACGCUCUGCCAUCCCUCGCCUCGUGUCACAUAAAGCAAAGUUCCGUUGGAGCUGAGCUGAGUUCUUUCCCGUUCCCUGUCCACAGCUCGUCACCAUGCCGGAGAACGCAGAGUCCCACUCGCACACCAUCACCACCAACCGCAACUGCACGGUGGAGAUCACCAACGUCAGCUCCGUCUUCUGCCUCGUCAACCCCAAGGUGCACAUGGAAAGCGGCUUCGUCUACAACCCGCCGCAGCCCACCCUGCGCACCGCCAAGACCGAGGUGUGCUCCUUCACCAAGGACGACAACACGGCCACGGGCGCUGUGGGGGUCAUGACCUACGAGCUGUUCGACAUGCAAACGCGCCACUGCACUGAGCUCGUCGCCGUCAUGUUCUCGGUGCCCUUCGACUACAGCUUCUACAAGAACUGGCUCGGCGUGGGCGUCUUCGAGCACACGCGGCCCUGCGACGCCAAGCUCUUCGACCACAUGUACAAAGGGAAGGACUUCGCCAACUUCGUGCGCAGCGAGGCCAACGGCUCGGGGGUGACGUACCGCGGCCGCGCGGUGGACGUGAGGGCGUGCAUGUCCGACGAGGGCAAGGCCAUCGUCAAGCUGGAGCUGUACGACAAGAUGGGCAAAUGAUGGGCCGAGGGGGAGGGGGGUCCACACCUUCAAUGUGUGUGUCGUUCAUGUCGUUCACGUCGUGUACGUCUUUAAACAAAUAAAAAACACUU